UCCGGCGCUGACCUUCCGCGGUCCCGCCCACCCGAGAGCGCCCGGGGAGGGCGUCCCGGCUCGCCGUCCAGAGCCUCACUCUGAGGGGAGAGGCGAGGCACGAAAUCUGGGUAGUGGGGGACGGAAGUUGGAUAUGGGCAGGGGUCAGGGUCUCUGAAAGAGGAGGAAAACAUCUACACGUUCCGCCUUGCAGCUGAGGCCUCGCCUUCCCCGCCGUGUGGUGGGGGCCCACCAGGAUGAACAAACUGUCUGCGGAGCUGGCCCGCGACUUGGAGCGCAGCCUGCCAGCCGUGGCCUCCCUCAGCUCAUCGUUGCCCCACAGCCAGGGCCUCUCCUCGCACUUCCUCCCCCCUGCUCCGGAGAAGCGCCGCGCCAUCUCUGAUGUCCGCCGCACCUUCUGUCUCUUUGUCACCUUCGACCUGCUCUUCAUCUCCCUGCUGUGGAUCAUUGAGCUGAACACCAACACAGGCAUCCAGAAGAACCUGGAGCAGGAGAUCAUCCACUACAACUUUAAAACUUCCUUCUUUGACAUCUUUGUCUUGGCCUUCUUCCGCUUCUCGGGACUGCUCCUGGGCUACGCCGUGCUGCGGCUCCGGCACUGGUGGGUGAUUGCGGUCACCACGCUGGUGUCCAGUGCAUUCCUCAUCGUCAAGGUCAUCCUCUCCGAGCUGCUCAGCAAAGGGGCGUUUGGCUACCUGCUCCCUAUCGUCUCCUUUGUCCUGGCCUGGUUGGAGACCUGGUUCCUUGACUUCAAAGUCCUACCGCAGGAGGCCGAGGAGGAGCGAUGGUAUCUUGCUGCCCAGGCUGCUGUCGCCCGUGGACCUCUACUCUUCUCUGGCGCUCUGUCCGAGGGCCAAUUCUAUUCACCCCCAGAAUCCUUUGCAGGGUCUGACAAUGAAUCCGAUGAAGACGUUGGGAAGAAGAGCUUCUCUGCCCAGGAACGGGAGUACAUCCACCAGGGGAAGGAGGCCAUGGCGGUGGUGGACCAGAUCUUGGCCCAGGAGGAGAACUGGAAGUUUGAGAAGAACAAUGAAUAUGGGGACACCGUGUACACCAUCGAGGUUCCCUUUCACGGCAAGACAUUCAUCCUGAAGACCUUCCUGCCCUGCCCUGCCGAGCUGGUGUACCAGGAGGUAAUCCUGCAGCCGGAGAGGAUGGUGCUGUGGAAUAAGACCGUGACCGCCUGCCAGGGACUUCGUGAAUGUGCGGCGCAUCGAGCGGCGCAGAGACCGAUACCUGUCCUCAGGCAUCGCCACCACCCACUGCGCCAAGCCCCCUACACACAAAUACGUCAGACUGCUCAGAGGUCCCCACGAAGGAAGAGGCACCUGUCCCGGGGCAUCCUCCAGUUCUCCUGCUGCCUCAGCCUAGAACCCAGUGCUGCGGGCGGCCUCCUCCCCGAUUCUCCGCUCUCCCCAUCCUUCCUGGGGUUCCAGAGAGCACUGGGUGUUGAGGGAGAGAAUGGUCCUGGGGGCUUCAUCGUGCUCAAGUCAGCCAGUAACCCCCGAGUCUGCACCUUCAUCUGGAUCCUGAAUACAGAUCUCAAGGGCCGCCUGCCCCGGUACCUCAUCCAUCAGAGCCUCGCGGCCACCAUGUUCGAAUUUGCCUUUCACUUGCGGCAGCGCAUCGGAGAGCUGGGGGCCCGGGCGUAACCGUGCCCCCUCGCCACCCUGCAGGCCAGGGUCCUGUCACCACAGCCUUCAGAGCCAGAGAGGGGGCCAGUGGGGCUUCCCACCACCCACAGAGGACCUGGCCUCAAGCAGUGGGGAGGAAGAAGUUUCCUCCUGUGGCAGCCCCUGGGCCUCAAGCUGCCACCCUCCAGCAUGCUUCGCUGUGCCCGGGAGCCGUGAGCAGGUUGGGAGGUUGGGCACCUGGACUCCGGGGCUUUGCCACCGAGGCGAGUGGGGUCUACCCUGCCGAUGUUUACACAGUGACUGGCCCUGCCUCCUGGAGGACGAGAUGAUGCAUGGCGCCCUGCCUAGCCGGGGGCAGAAUCUGGAAUGGGAGCGGCAGCCUCUGUGCGAGAGCGCCAGGGCCCUGAGCAGGAUGGAGGUCAGGGCGGCCUGGUCACUGGUCACCGGUGUUAAGGUGCAGGAGCCCCUUUGUCUGCCUGCUCUCUCAUCAUGGUUUUUUAGGAUUAUUUAAAGGGUCUGGGACCUUUUUCCACAUGUACUUGUUGGGGAGUGGGUGGCAAGUGGGGGUGGUGGGUGCUGGCAGUGAACCCCUGCCGCCUCCGGUUUCUCUCCUUCCCCCAGGGUUCCUUGGGGACCUUUGUAAUUUGAGCCAGUUAUUAAAAACGAACUCAGAAAGAAAGAAAGAAAAAAAGCAGCCCCCCCUGCCUAGCCUCUGGAGGGAAGAGGAGGGCAGCACUGUGGAGGUGGGGAAGGAGCCAGACACGUCCCACACCCUCUCACACCCUUCCAGAGCCGGCGGGAGGUCAGAGCAAGUGGGGACCUUGUUCCGGGAGCCCCCUACUUUCCUGCCUGGGCCAGCUGGACAGAUGAUUGGUCAGAGAAAAAUGCCCCACCCCCCAGCCAGGCCUCCUGUGAGGGAAGGUCAGUGGAAGGUCUCCUGCCCAGGAACUGAGGGGAGGUGGGAGAGGCCCGGUAGCAUCCGAGGCAGGCCUUGACUGUCCUUGGGGUCCCACAGCCGGCCUGGGGGUGGGGCCUGGGCUUCUGGGUCACUGAGGCACCUCUGGGAUCUCUGUCUCUCUGGCUGCACUCAGCUGUCCCCUCUGCCCCAGCACUCUCCCCAGGGGCAGCACAGAGUCAGAUCGCAGGCAAGGGCCGGAGCACUGCAGGGGCCACCGCCAUCCCUGCCCUCCUCCCUCCCUCCCUGCAGGCUUCCGAGGGGGCAGCUUGCAUUGAGCCAAGCAGGGGAGGGGGGCGGGUCCUAUCUUGGUCCUGGCUUAGGUGUGUGACCCUGGGCAGAUGUACCUCUCUGGGCCUCCAUUUCCUACUUUGUUGAAAUGAGACUCAUUAUGUCGUAGGGCUGUCCCAAGAUUGAAACAAGAGUCAGGGCUAGUGCUUCAGUAAUCAGGAGGAUGCAGUUCUGCCCUAGGUGGGCACCCACGGGCCUUGCCACCCGUUGGGUACUCUGCUGUUCCUGCAAGGUCCUCGUCUCAGCUCCUGUACGGCCUCUUCCGGCACCCUUUGCUGUGUCCCCUCAGUGAUGCCCCCACCCCUCCUCCCCCCCAUGCCCAGCGCCCUGUGUGCCAGCUUCCUGCUUCAUGAGUUGUUCCCGUUGGGUGCUGGGCUUUCCCCACAGCUGUCCUGCUCCUUCCCCUGCUCCCCUUCAGUGAGAGCCAGCCCCCUCCCAGGUGGCACAGUGGAGCUGCUCAGGCCGUUGUGACCAGAAAAUGGGGCCCAGAGAGGGGCAGAGGUUGCCCCGUGGCUGAUGUGGGGGUAGAGCCAGAUCUGACUGUGCCAUUCAUCAGAGCCCCUAGAUUUGCAUCGCACCUGCCUUGGGGUGUUGCUGGGGAUAGAGCUGGGGAGAGGGGGAGGGGAGCCGCCUCCCACACCUGCUCUUUCCACCCUGACUGGCCUGACGUGGGAAACCACUUCUCUGACCACUGGCCACUGGAAAGGAGAACGUCUGGCAAAGGCUCAUGCCCAGGGUCCCAGGUGUGGAGCUAACCACGUCGUUUCUGGCCAGUGCGGUGGUGGCUGUCGUGGACCGGGUCUCAGUGCAGAUCCCAGGGCCUUUGCCCUUGAUCCCAGGCAGAGGAGAGCCGUGGGAGCAGGACCCGAUGGCCUGGUACAGAGCCCCGAGUGGGCCUCGAUCCCUGCCACUGCCUGUUCUGCUUACAGACAGGCCGCUGUCCUCCCUGGGCGGGAGGGGAGGGGUGGGGCAGAGAGCAAACGCCAAGGUGGCACGAGGCUGGGCAUGUGCCUGGUCUCAGUGUCUAAGGAGUGUCACACACCUGGAGGUGUCACUCUGAC